AUGAAAAGUGCAAAAAGAAGAGCUUAUGAAACCGAACUUAAAAAAUAUGAAAACACUAAGGAUUUCAAAAUUUUUCAAACGAACAUACAAGAAAAAAAUGUAAAAAAAGUUGCAAGAUAUUUGGCGGAUGUUUUUUUUAAAAGUCCUUUUUCAAAAGAAGAUAAACGUGAUGGUCGCAAUUCACGUAUAGAAUUUUUGGAAACUGCAAAAAAUUUAUACAACAUAAAUUUUGAUAUAAAUGGUAAAAAAUUUAGCAGAUGUUUGACAAUAAGAAAACAAAAUUCAAAGGUAAAAAUAAAUACUGUUGAAAAAUAUGUUGAUGAUGUUUGCAUACGAGUUGAAAAUUAUUGCCAAAAAGAAUCUGAUAAAUCAGAAAAUCAACUAAGACACAUAUCUCCAGAAAAAAUUUUGCUUUCUUCUUUAUCAAUGGAUAUUAACUUUGUUCUUUUCCACAAUUCUACAAGUGAAGAAGAGAUUAAAUUUGUUAGAGAAGAAAAGUUUAUUGCAGUAAUGAAGGGGGAGGAACUUAUCAAAAAAUUUAAAUCCCCAUUACAAUCUAUUCUUUUUGUGGGAACAUUAAAUGAAAAAAAAGUAUCCAAAGAGCACGAAGAAUUGUUCAAAAGAUUGGAAUAUGUAUUGGGGAAAAAUAAUAUAUAUUUUUCAAAAAAAUUAAAAGAAAAUCUUGAUAAAUUUAGGGAAAAAAUAAAUUAA